AUGGCGCUCCGGUGCGCAAGUCCUCUGCUCUCUACCGUCCCCACCUCCACCACCCGCCUUGUCGCCACUCAAACACAAGCUUCGGACUUAAUUCAGAAACCCUCACUUCAUAUAAACAUUCCUGGCUCUUCCUCCCCGCAACUCGCGGUCCGCGCGAAACACGCCUUUCCAUCCAAACCUUCGCAAGUCGGAUUACAGACGCCUCUCGACCGGUCCUUAUUCGGAAGAAGCGGGGGGGGCGGGGGGGGAUGGCGCGCCGGCACGCGCAGAUGGGAUGGGCUCCGCGCAGGCGCGAGCAGCGGUAAUCCCACUGCGAAUGGCGGCGGGAAUCCCGGAGGAUACGCGUAUGGUUACAGCAACCGGCCGCCACCCAAGCCCACACCGACUUAUGAAGAGCAGUUGGAGCAGCGAAUGCGGGAGGUGAUGAGCAUGCCAGGGGACGUGGCAAGGCGGCUAUGGCGCCUCAUCACAGAACAGCCCGAGGAGUUCCGCCUUGUCCGCUUCCCCUCCUGGAAAGAGAUGAUCACUGUGACAUUGCUCACAUUCCUCUUUAUUGUCGUCCUCAUCAUUUUCAUCUCAUCUGUUGACUCUGUGUUGGCACGGGUGCUCACUCCCCGCUUCAAGCCUGCAUAA